AGGCCGCUUCAUCUUUCAAGUUGCUGGGCACUUCCUCUCCUUUAAGCAUUUUCGAUACAUUGCAUUCUUUUUCUUCUUUUACGUUCUUUGUAUCAUCCAUUCUUUCACCACGAACGACAUUCGACAUUCCUUCGUGGCUCACAUAUAACAUACACAUUCUUUUCAAAGGUGGCCAGGUAUCACCGUUGCAUUUAUUUACAACCGUCCUAGCGACCAUCUCAAACCGCUCGUCGAAAGCAUCUCUCGAUUCUGCAUCCUACAAACCGUCUUCUCUUCCAACAUGAAGUUCUCUACUCUCGCGGGCGCUGCCGCCCUGACUGGCGCUGCCAUGGCUGCCAAGGACAGCCGAACCUUUGCUGUUCUGCGAUUCACCAACAAGGGCUUGGUCACCACUCGUGCUGAUCCCAUUGUCCAGCCCGGCGGUCCUUCUGGACACGUCCACAACGUCCUCGGAGGCAGCAACUUUGGCUUCUCCUCCACCGGCCAGGACCUGCUCAAGUCCAACUGCAGUACCGCUCUGGUCAAGGGUGACUUCUCCAACUACUGGUACCCGACUCUGUACUUCAAUGACCCCAAGACCGGUCUCCUGGAGUCUGUCGACGUCUACUACACCAACGUCUACUACUUCUUCGAGGCCACCAACGACGACAUCAAGGCCUUCCCCACGGGCCUGCAGAUGGUCUCUGGCAAUGCCAUGACCCGUGUCGCCCCGUCUGGCGGCGGUGGCUCUCAGCUGGACCCCUCCAAGGGCCCUGUCCAGCCGAUCCAGUUCACCUGCCCUCGAUCCUCCUACAACCCUCCCUCCUAUCCCGCCGGAUCUGACGGUUCCAAGGCUGGCAUGGUCGACCCCAACAACCAGGGCGCUGGAGCUGGUUUCCCCGACGUCAACUGCGACGGCCUGUACUCUCCUCUCCGUCUGGACAUUCACUUCCCCUCCUGCUACAACCCCGCCGCCGGCCUGACCAACUACAAGACCAACACUGCUUUCCCCACCGAUGCUGGAAAUGGCAAGGCCGACUGCCCUGCUGGCUGGAUUCACACUCCUCACAUCUUCUUCGAGGCCUACAUGGACACCCAGCCCUUUGCCAGCCGCUGGACCCCCAACCAGGGCACCCAGCCUUUCGUCUUCUCCAACGGUGACGUUACUGGCUACAGUGGCCACGCCGACUUCAUGGCUGCCUGGGAUGAGGAUGUCCUCCAGCACAUCAUCGACACUUGUGAUGCCGGUGACUCUGGUAUGGACCAGUGCCCUGACCUGCCCUACGGCCUGAACAGCGGCGAAUGCACCAUUCCUCCUCUGGUCAACGAGGUCAUCACCGGCAACCUCACUGCUCUGCCUGGUAACAACCCCCUCAGCGGCUUCACCUUUGGUAACGAGGCUCCCGCCAUGGGCUCUGGUUCUUCCACCUCCACCUCCACCAAUAAUGCUUCCUCUGGUUCCUCCUCUGGCUCUUCUGGCGCUACCGGUUCCAAGCCUGCAAGCUCUUCCAAGCCUGCUGCUGCUGCUACCAGCAACGUCUGCAGUGCCGCCAACGUCCACACCGUUACUGAGACCCUUACAGUCACUGCUGGCUCUGCCCCUACUGCCACUUCCGUUGCUACCAAGGGUAACUCUGCUGCCGUCGGUGGAUACACCUACGCCGGCUGCUACCAGGACAACAUUGGCCGUGUUCUGACCGGUGAUAUCCUGCCUAACCUUGGCCCCAUGACCAACGAGAAGUGCGUUGCCAACUGCGUCAAGAAGGGCUUCUCUGUUGCCGCUACCGAGUACGGUGGCCAGUGCUACUGUGGCAACGAGCUCGUCGGCUCUUCCAAGCUCGCCGAGUCUCAGUGCGCCACCGCUUGCGAGGGUGCCGCCAGCGAGGUUUGCGGUGGAAGCUGGGCCAUCAGCGUCUACAGCAAGACCGGCUCCGUCAGCCUGACCGCUGCCAAGUCUCGCCGCGCUGAGCAGCACGCCCACCGUCACCGCGCCCGCCGCGUCUAAGGUGUUUUUUGCGCUAUCUUGGCACAUUUAGGAUUCUAGGAUUUAUAUGAGCCGAGUGCUCUGGAGUAUUUUGAGCAUUGCAUAGGUGAAAUUUCCGUGGAUUUAUGGUAGCGGGAUCUUUGGGUAAAGGUACCGAGUCAGCAGCGGGAAUGAUAUCUGUUGAACUCGGGGUGAUUGUUGGAUACUUCGAUUCUCACGUGUGUAUUUUUGGUAACAUAUUUUACGUUUCUUGGUUUCCCUUGUAUCUGUCAGAUCAGUCAAGGGGCCUCCCGCGAGGGAAUUUUCAAGCAUUUAUCAAUCGAGGUCUAUGAAUGACUGGGUCUUAUAGAGUCUAAAUAAAAAGUUUAUGAGCGAGUUUAACAA